AUGUUUGAAGUGGGUGGCCUCCUUAAAAACCAAAUUCUUUUUAUUUUUCUUUUCAAUACAUACGUUCUUAGGAAUGGCAUUCCCUUGGCGACGUUUGGCCUUCGAAAGGUAGGUGUCCAAUGCCCAUUAUCCCUUAUUAUUUUGAGGGAAGCCAUGGUCCAGCAAAUUCUCUUUCUUGAGAGUUUACGGGUUCAUAAACUAAAAACGUCAAGCAGCACCGUGGCCAGCAGAGUCGUACUGGGACAAAACUUUAUCCAAGAAGGUCUUGUGGCGCGUGUAUCAGUGUGCCAUCAGCAGCAGUUUCUUUUAUAUAUUUCACCUUGGUGUGAAUGCCGAUAA